GUUACGUCAGAUGUCUCAAACAACAGAUGUUGAUUAAUUAAAGUUAUAGCCGAUUUUUUUUAUCACAAUCUUUUAAUUAUGAAAUAUAAAUAUUAUCUUUCCACCUUUUAUAGACUUUGCUUCGGCAAAAAAAUUGUAGCAUAGCAACAAUGGGAUAAAUAAAUUACUUUUAGCUGUCAAGUUAUUUGGACGACACUGAAUAAAAUGAGCACACACACUCACCUCCACAGUACUUUCAAUAAUAUAAUUUUAAUGACAAAAAAAAGGUAUUUCUUUGGUACUGAACUUAAUUACUAAACAUAUCGUCAAUUUUAAGAACUACUUGAAUCUAAAUGAAAAUGAAAUUCAAAGGAGUCACUAAUCAAAAAAAAUUUAUGGCUCAUAAAAGCUUAUCUUGUUAGGAAAGGAAGAAAAUUUGAUAGACCAGUUUAUAAAAAACACGCGUUCCGCAUAUAAUCAAAAUGACUUGUUUAAUUUAUAAUUCUAUGUAAUUUUUUUUUAUUGUCAUUUAAUUAAGCAGUGUUUGUUUGCGGUUAAUAAAUAUGUAUUUAUACAUAACAUUGCUUGUAAACAUAGGAUUGGUCGCUGGCAAAAUGGUGGGUUUUGUAGUGGGGGGUGAUUAUAUAGACAUAAAAAAAUAUCCACACUCAAAUAUGAUGUAUAUAAAUUGUACUACCACAUAUCUUUGCGGCGGUUCUUUCAUCAAUGAUCGUGUCGUACUGACUGCCGCUCAUUGCCUCUAUCCAUGCGUUGAUCCGACCAGAGACAUUGUAAUUCUUAAUUAUGGACACUCUUCUAUAAAAAAAAUGAAACACUUAAAAGUUCGUAAAUUCUUAGUACAUCACAAAUACUGCGACACCUCUCUGGUGAAUGACAUCGGUUUGACAUAUUCAAACGCACCGGUAAAGUUUGGGGCGAACGUGAAGCGUGUUGCGCUGCUGAGUAUAUUUCCAAGACGAGCAACUCACGGUUACGUUACAGGAUGGGGAUUGGUUAAUACAGACCCUGAAGAACUAGCUACGUCCAUGAAAUAUGUUCAACAAGACAUAAUAAAACCCAAAGAAUGCAGUCGUGGAAACGUGCCUGCUGGAAUCUUCUGUGGCCAAUCCAUGAAUGAUGGGGAAAAUCCAGAAAUGGGUGAUUCUGGAGGUGCCUUUGUGGUUUACAAAUAUAUCCAAAUAGGCAUAGUCUCGUACAUGUUACCGAAAAACAAUAUCGUUGCUUAUACAAACACUACCUAUCAUUACCAUUGGAUAAAAGCCAAGACAUUGCAACUCCUAUGCCGUUAAAAUUUGAACUUCAUUAACAAACUUAUUGUACUUAUUUAAAUAAAUUUAAAUUAAAUAUUA